ACAACAGAUAGUCCAGCAGAGCUACAGUUCAUUCAUAUGGAUUCAUAUGUGAGUGGAGCGUACCAUGUCCUCAGCAGGGGUGGACCUUUGGUUUCUCAACAACAGGCCUGGUAGAGGAGGAGGACGAUGACAGUGAUGAAGCUCUGCUGGGUCACAGCCCUAUGGAAGAGAUGCUACCUCAUCACCAUGUUGCCUCUGCUGUAACACAAUAUGACCUCAAUCGUAUGAUUGUGUGUGUGAGAGCCGAUGACCCAGCUGUAACCACGAUGCUGGAGCUGAUUGAGGCAGACUGUGUCCGCUCCAAUGAGGACAUCGCAGUGUGAUGUCACGACCGGAAGCUCGAGAUCUGGCCAUCACUGCAGUCAUCUGCUUUGUUGGUGGAGUUGGCUUGACUCUGCUUGUAGUCCUGAUUUACUAUCAAGUGUCUCGCAAGAAGAAACUGAAAGAAAGUAAAAGACAGGAGGAGGAAGAGGAGGGAAGCACCUCAGUGAUCAGCAACCAUGUCAACCACGUGGAUGUUAGUGAGAAGAGGAGGGAUGUGUUCAUGCAAAACAGUAGCAAUCAAACAUUGGACAGGAAAGCCAUGAUGUUAGAAAACCACGGUGGCCACUUUCGGUCCAGAGUGGAUGAGGAUGGCAGCCAUGUCAGGUGCCUGGACUGCACCAACGGACAGAGGGGUGUGUGGCCAAAUCACAUGAGAUGGAACAAUGGGACAAACAGAGAGAUGAAGGCGGAGGAGGACAGAGAGAAGACGAGAAUGAGGAUGAUGAUGACAGAGGAGGAGAGGAGAAACCCUGGGACUCAGCAGGGAAUCCUGAGCCGGGACAUUCCUGACAAACUUCUUUCUCUUGACAACUCCAACUCUUUCUCUCAUCCAUGGAGAGAAGCCUUCAGUGAGAGGCCUGAGACCCUGACAGCUUAUAAAACAGACAGAAACAUGGACAUCCACAGGACUGAUGUGGAAGGAAGGAGUAAUGAGACUUUACACUGUGAGAGCUGUCACAGGACCUACAGACCACCAGAGCACAGUAUGAGACCGGGUAGGAUUCACAGCAACAUGAGAGACUCUCUUCUGUUUGAUGGCUUCCCUCCACAACACAGACCGAUUGACGUGGGUAGGAACUACAACCAGUUUGACAUGAUGAAAAACACAGAUUUCAGAAGAGAAUCAAGACACGUAACGUUUGAUCUGGAGCAAGGCGAGGACAGGAGGGAGAGGGGGAGGAGCUCCAGAGACAAAGAGAAAGGAAGAAAAAGGAGACAGAAAGUUAAAAACCAAUCCCCUCGAAAACUAAAGGUUAAAGUCAACUUGAGCCCUCUACGAAAAAGCAAAGUCCAUCCAACGAGGAAAAAUGAGCAAGGCCAUUUGGACAAGAGCAGCUCCAAGAAAAGCAAAGAGAAAAGACAGGAUGGAAAAGAAAAAGAAGGAGAGGAAGGGAGGUCAAAGUCAGGCAGGAAAACAAAAGGGAGCAGCGAGAAGAUAAAGAAAUCCACCAAGAGUACAGGCUUGUCUGAGGAAGAGAAGGAAACCAAAGAGGACGGAGAAGGAAAGAGCAAAACUACCUCUCAACAGAAAAAGACGGAAGAUACAGCAGCUGACAAGAAGGAGAAUACAAACCCUGAUAACCCCCAACCCACUGAUACCACCAGUACUGCUGAGCAGUCGGCCUCUGCAAGUACUAUUGGACAGGGUCAGAACUUGCAGGGUGGGAGUAUUCAGUAUCAAGAAGCUGGAUUACUUCUGAGAAAUGCUCCGAUUUCCUCCCAGCAUCCCUUUUCCCUAUCUGCUGCUGACAGGAAUCGUACUGCCAACCUUUCUCUGCUGGGCUCAGCUGACUCACAUCUGACUGGCAGCAGCCUCUCUCUUCAAGGAGGGAAUAUUCUACUCAACACCAUGGCCCCAGGAUCUAAUGCACUGUUCCCCAGUGGACAAGCUAAUUCUGUUGCUCCAAUCAUUGGGCCAAGCUCAGCUUCCAGUGCUGGAAACAGCUUUAACAGGCAAACUGGGGCCGGCCUCAUGUCUCCAGCUACUUCUCUUCUGGCUAACUAUGUACAUGCUAACACUUUGCCGGCUAGUGUCUUACAAAACAUUCCUCUUCAUAACUCCCAAGCUGGAGGACUUUCCACAAACAUAACAAAUCCAUCUGUAAAUCCUGUGCCCAGACAGGCUCCAUCUCAGAGCCGGCUGCCUCCAGACAGCUCUCCUCUUGUAGCUAGACUACAGAACGAUCCCGCCCAGGGACCAGGCCCUCAGACUGUGGAGGGACCACAUCAACUGCCCCUGGAAACUCAAGCAGCCCAGACUAAGGAGAGCCUCCCUGUCCAGGCCCAGGCACCUCCAAGUACAGAUGGCUUUUCUGGGGUAACCCCUCAGGCACCGGGAUCAGAGACCCAUGUGGAGCGAUUGUCAGAUAAUACUGGUCGGACAGGGACUGAGCAUGUUCCUGGUGGGACUACAGUCAAAAUGUUAGCUGGGGGUGUGUCUCUACCUGGAGGAGCAGCAGUGGGAGUGUCUGGAGACAGCAUGGAGCCAGCUAAUGUGUCUGUAUCAGGUGUCUGUGUGCCUGGUAUAUCUACACAGAGCGGCUCCUUUACAGGUGCUGAAGGAGCUGCUGCACUGCUGCAGCAGGAGUAUGUGUCAGAGGAGGGAGGCUCCUCCCCGAGGAGGAAGCUGAGGCUGGUGCUCCCUGAGAAGACAUCCAGCCGACCCCCCACUGCACUGGAGAGGAAAAUACGCUAACCACUCACACCGCAUUACAAAUAUUGUAUAGCUGUUCACUCUUAUGUACACUUUAUUCAGAAUCAGAAUAAAAACAACUCUAAUGAUCCCUGCAGGAUAAUGACUCAGCACAACACAAAGUCAGGUAAUGGAUUCAUAUGUAAAAAAGUAAAAGCCGCUAUAAAAUAGUAAUAAGAAUAAAUAGCCUAUAUAAUAAGUACAAACAAAAAUAUGCAGAGCUGAGUUCGGAAUCUCACAGUAACCAGUUGGAUGAUGUCACAUGCUGCUGCUAUGUAAACCAACAUGGUGCGGACAUAUUAUGGGCAUAGCUAUCGGUUUAAUCUGCUGCUGUAGGAGCUGCAGUAUCUGAGUGCUAAAUAAGUGCUAUGGUCCUGUGUUAUGUUUGGAGACAUGAAGAAGUGCUUCAUAAAGUAACUGAUCAGUUCUGGGUCCAGUCUCUGGGCUCAGGCUCAGGCGUGGGUUCAGGAUCAGUGUGAGUUCUGAUACAGACAGGAUGUCUGAACUGUUCAGGAAAGAAACUGCUUUUACACUUAGUGU